ACAAAAAUGGCCGCGCUCGUGGAGACGUGUAUCUGUGAGGCCUGCUCGAAAGCUCGCGUAACAAUCCAGCGGAUCUUCAGUGUGUUAGACAUAUACGGUUGGUUGUUAGACUCAUACGUGGUGGAUUUCUUCCAGGAGCAACUGUGGGAAAAAUUACCGAACAGCUGGACGCUCAUUCUGCAAGUAGUGUCGCCCGAGGAGUUUGGGAAGUGGUUGAGUAGUGACAUCUCAUGCACACGCGUAUGGCCGCUGUCGUUGCUCGCGCUUCGACAAGUUACGAAGAAUUUGCAAAUCAACAGGGAUCACCGAAACCACGAGAGUACCUUGCGAUGUGGCAGAGCGAAAAAUGUCGCAUACAAUUUAGAUAAUUUCAUAUCGGAAGGUAAAGAUGAAAGGCCGCAGAAUAUACACGAUUUUUUGAAGAAACACAGCAAUCUCUUUCUGAAACAUGUCAAGAUCAAGAAACGACAUGAGAUACAAGAGAUAGCGAAGAUCUGCGCGGAUUGUGCGCGCGAGUCGGACGCAAAGUGCAUCGUGGACGUUGGAGCAGGCAUGGGUCAUUUGGCCCGGUCGUUAGCAUUCAAAUAUGACUUAUGCGUGACGUGCAUAGAGCAAAACGAAUCACUGUCACAGCAGGCCAGAAAAUUGGACCAGGAGUUAUUGGUAUCUAUAUCUAAACAUUUGCCCAACCUGCCGGUUAAACUUCCGCGACACGUAUCAGUUAAAUUGGAAAAGACAGAUUUCGAGCAAGCUGAGACAGUUGAGAACAUACAACGAAUAUUUUCGGAGAGUUUUCAUCGGAGCAAGACGAAGACUGGCUUUGGCAUUGUCGGGUUGCAUCCGUGUGGAGAUCUCGCAGCCACAUUACUGAGGCUUUACACCUCUCGACGUGAGGCGAAAUUUAUAUGCAUUGUGGGAUGCUGCUACAUGAAGCUAACAUUAGAAGAUACGACGGAUGUCUCAAAUGGAUAUCCACUCAGUAAAUACCUGUCGUCAUUCGCAAAUCACAAGUUGUCCUACACAGCAUUAGAAGUGGCGUGCCACGCUAUCGAGAGCUACUGUGAUAAGCUGAAGACUGGAAACUAUGAAGAUUUAAUAGUACACGUCUACAGAGCUGCUCUAGAGACUAUUUUAAUGAGACGAAGUAGGCAACUAUGUCAUACUCAAAUGAGAAACGUCAAAGUGGUGAAACCUAUAACCUUUCAACAAUAUUGUACAGCCGCGACUGCGGAUCUCGAGUCGCAUCUGCGACCUGACGAUUUGGACUUUCAGGACUCGCGAAUAAAGUGUUUUCUCAGCCAGUGGCGACAGAUCGUGAUAUUUGGAGCAUUACGUACGAUGCUGGCACCAUUAGUGGAGACUGUGGUAUUGCUGGACAGAUUUCUGUUUCUUUCUGAAAAUAAUCUACCUCCUAUACUAAAGCCUAUCUUUGACGCCAGAUUAUCUCCUCGAAAUUUUUUAUUGUUUUCAAUAAAGAAUAGUGAGCAGCUGUCUUCUUGAUUGUAUCUGUAUUUUUAUAUUUUUUACCAUAAAAAAGUUUUGAAACAAA